AUGUAUAUGCAUACUAAAACAAUUACAAUAGACACAAGCCCUCCACAAUUGGGAAGUGUUCAUGACGGUUUGCCUGGAACCCCAGAAGUAGAUUAUCAACAAGACCUUAACCUGAAUUUCUAUUGGUAUGGGUUCUUUGACCCUGAAAGUGGAAUAAAAUAUUACAAAUACAUUGUUGCAAAUUAUUGCUGGACAAAACAAAACUUAAUUUCGAGCAAUGAGGGAAGAGAAACAUAUGAAACAGCUACAAGUUAUAAUGCCACAAAGGAAGGGAAAUAUCACAUUACUGUUAUAGCUGUGAAUAGUGCAAACGAACCCUCCCAAGCUGUUUGUACUGAUGGUGUUACUAUCAUAACAGUGAAACCAAAUGUAAAGAAUGUUUUAAUACACGGAGUUAAAACAGCGCCUAGGAUUGUAACUGAUUCCAACAAUACCAUGUGGAUUAUAAGACAAGAUUUAACAAGAGGUUUUAUAAAUGACACUACGUGGAUAAAUACUACUAAUAUCAUAUUCGUUGAAGACAUUAAGCUGUUUCCGGAAGUCGACGGAACAGCAUCAAAUAUAGAUAUUUCCCAAGCAUCCGCUAUUAAUUCCUUGUUUGUUUUCGUUUUACCAAGAACAGAACAGCUGAGCAUGACGUGGGAUUCAAAUAUGGAAGAAUAUAUUUACGACUAUUACAUUGGCCUAUCGUCAACUAACGACAACCAAGGUCCGGAUUUGUUACCGUUUCGUUCAACAAAGCACCAUUCACACUUCAGACUUAGUCACCCUGAUCUCACAGAAGGAACACUAUUUUACGUCAUUAUAAAAUCAGUUAGCAGAGCUAACGUCGAAGGAAUUCAGAGUUAUGGACCUAUAAUAAUUGAUGCAACACCCCCAACGUUCACUGGUUCUCGUAUUGAUUUGAAGUUUGAAGAUAGUACACUAAUAGCUAAUUGGUCCAGAACAGCAUUUACAGAUUAUGAAGAUCCUUAUCCGCUUCAUUAUCAGUUUGCAUUAGGGCAUGCGGCUGGAAAAACAGAUGUAUUCCGUUACAAACCAUUGCUCUACGGCAAAACAUGUAUUAAGACACAACCACCUGAAUGUGCGGCAAUUGACACAUCAACUCUGGACUGGUCAUUACACGGGCAUCAUGACUACUAUGUUACCAUUAAAGUAACUAAUCUAGCUGGUUUAUCAUCAACUCAAACAUCAGUAUUGUAUACACACGAUACCCAACUUCCGUCGCCGGGUAUAGUCUACGACAUUGAUCCAAUAAGUGUGAAAAGUCGUGCAUUGCAGGACCUGAUUGACAUAGAUUUUGCUGUUCAAUCUAAUACAUUGGCAGUAGAAUGGAAAGGAUUUUACCAUCCACAUUUACAUAUUCACUAUAAAGUAUGUAUCGGAAUGGAUAAAGGUGGUUGUGAUAUAGCCAUGAAGGACAACCUUAACUGGACAUCUAAUCAAUAUACAUUCACCAAUUUGUUGCUUAUAGAUUUUAAGAGUGAUGGAUCAUUUGUAGGUCUCUCAAGUCGAUUUUCUAUAAAUCGAUAUUGA